UCAUUGUUGAAGACUGCAUCAACAUUUCUUGGGUCUUAUAUCUCAAUGUUGCUGCCAUAGGCAAUGUUGCGGUUACUGGUGCUGUUCUGGAUCUAAACUGCUGGUACUUUCCGAAAAAUGACGAUCUUGGCCGAGUGUGCCCGAUGUUUAUUAACCUAUACGCCGAUAGUUGCCGAAGCCCCGAAGAUAAUCCCGGUUUGAAACACCACAGAAGUCCCUUAUUUGACGGGUUGAGGGCGAGGGAGAGGGGAAAGAAUUUUAGACGAAAAACAAAAUUUAGGGUAGGCUUAGGGUAGAUAAGACAUUGUCUCCAUACCCCACCCCCUCUUAUUUAGGAUAUUUUGUGACGGAUUAUAGAUGUUUCACUGCGAUUAAGGACCAGACAAGAUGAACAUACUUAGUGUGGCAGUGUUUGGUGCCUUGUUUUGCACAGUUUUAUCUGCAACCAUCAAAGCGAAAGAGGAACAUCGGACAGCGUUCUUUGGGGAGGAUGUGCACAUCAGCAUCCCUUCACUGAGCAGCACUGAGGUGGUGUUCAAGUCAAGGGUCAUAGGGCAGCCAGAGGUUGUCCUGAUGCAGAAUGGAGCAAUGGUUCAAAACCGGACCAAACUCAACAUCCAGUUCAGCAACCUCAUCUUGGAGGAUGUUGGCGAGGAAGACGAGGGUCUAUACGUGGUGAAGAACACAAACGAUCCAACCCAUGUUAGGCAAAUCAAACUUAUCGUCAGAGAUUGUGCACUGGAGCAGACGGUGAAGUAUGGUGAUACCUACCACAUCCAUCUCCGUAAUAUUACCCUACCCAUGACUUUGGAGUUCCGCUAUGGUAUCACCCAUAUCAACCAGACCACAGAAUCUCCACCUGUGGUGCUCCUGAACCAGACCUCCAUCCCUGUGGAUGAGUACAAGGGCCGCUUGACUAUCAGGGCCAAGGAGGUUACCCUCCACAAGGUGACAGGCAUGGACGAGGGCAGCUACACCAUCCUAGACAGAGACGGAAAGAUCCGGAUGAGGACCUGUCUAAAUGUGAAAGGACACCAGAACUUUUACAAACUGGAAUAUGACGAGACUCUGAAGUUCAGCCUUUACCUGGACUACACUAAGGUCAGCCUGCUCUACACCAGAGACUCAGACCGCAAACCACGGGUCAUCUUGGACCAGGGUGAGCUGGUGGUUCCUAUGGACUCGACUUUGGAUGGGCGUCUCUCUGUGGUGGGUGCUGUGGUUAACCUGAAGCGGGCCCAUGUCAGUGAUAUAGGCCUGUUCAGGGUGAAGGAUCUGCUUGGCUUCCACAUUGCUGAUAUUCACCUUGCGGUUCAUCCCUAUAAGCUUCCCCCUCUGACUGUGGCCAUCCUCUCCAUGCUGGGUCUGGUGGCUCUGCUGCUCCUGGUGUGUCUGCUCUCCUGCCAGAUCAACGUGCGCCGCCGUGCCGAGAAGGCCAAGAAGAUCACCCUCAUCGCCCAGCAGGCCGGCAAACCAGAAGGAGACGCUUUCAGACAGGUGGUUCAAGAGGCCUACUCAAGGUUCACCGAGGAUUCUAUCACCCAGUCGCAGUGGGACCAAAACACGGAUAACACAGAAGUUGAAAUCAAGGGUCUUGAGGUAUCCAAAGCUGGCCGCUAUCAAACCCUUUCCUCCGACAAGAACUUGCUGGAGAUGAGCGACUCCGGGGUGGAGUUCACCUCCUCUGCGUUCCCGCUCGACAGUGACACGGACGUGCCCAUGACCUACGCCUCCCACAAGCCGCUCCUUGACUCUGUCCACUCCGACGGCUUCGUGACCGCGCAGCCCACCCUCGCCGAGGGCACCGAGAGCAUCUCGCGCACCCCCGACUCCAUCCUGAGCGGCAGCCCUGCCAGCCUGCCCAAGGCCAAUGGCCAGCCCGACGUCGAUCUCAUGGGGCGCACCACCCCCGAUUUGGCACCCAGGGGCCCAGAGGUAGAUGGCGUUGCGGUCCCUGCCCCCGCAGGCAGCCCUGCUAAAGAGCCCUGCAAGGACGCAGGGCCUGCAGGAGAAGCUAUUUCCACAGUAUCUGGUGCUACUGAGAAUGCCACAACUUGA